AUGUUCAAAUGGAAGUGCUUGUAUUUGGUAUGCCUGUUGCUAGAUCUAUGCAUCUGUGGUUUAGUAAAUGUGGCUGUUAAUAAAUCAGCUAACCAAAUUAGCACUUAUCGAGCAAAUGUAGCAUCCAGAGCGAUUGAUGGUAUAGAUGGAUUAUUAGCCAGUGAAUCCAGUUGUUCGAAUACGAAUAUCGGAACAAACACAGCUACACCUUGGUGGGAAGUAGAUAUCAUGCAAGACUACUCCAUUUACUCUGUGGCCGUAACUCAUACCGCGAAUCCAGGACAACAGUUGGCUCACGAUUUUUCUAUUAUGAUCUAUAAAGAAGGAGAGUCUAUUUCUGAUGCCGAACUUUGUUACUAUCAUGUGGGUAAAGGAGCCAAGGGAAAGAUUGUAAUGUAUAAUUGUAAACAGAUAAUAAAAGGUCGCUAUGUAAGAAUUACUAUUAAUGGUCAACCGGGCACUAGAGAGUUUCUAGUAUUGUGUGAGGUUCGAGUAUUUGGGACACAACUUGCCAGUAUCAAGUCGGCAUACGUUCGAUUAGAAAAUGCUGAAUUAUCAAUCACGCCGGAUAUGACGUAUAGUGUACAAGGAUAUGGUCAAUGUGCUAUGAAAUGUUAUGUGUUACCAAUGUGUCAUAUCUUCAGUGUUAAAUUGGUGUCAGGUUAUUAUCAAUGUAAUAUAUUUACACAGGAAAAUACUCUGCUCGUAGUCUGUGGUUUAGUAAAUGUGGCUGUUAAUAAAUCAGCUAGCCAAAUUAGCACUUAUCUGGCAUAUGUUGCAUCCAGAGCGAUUGAUGGUAUAGAUGGAUUAGUGUCCAGUCAAUCCAGUUGUUCGAAUACGGCUGUCAUCCCAACCAAUCCUUUACCUUGGUGGGAAGUUGAUAUCAUGCAAGACUACUUCAUCUACUCUGUGGUCGUAACUCAUACCGCGAGCGCCAUUCGACAAGUGGCACACAAUUUUUCUAUUGAGAUCUAUAAAGAAGGAGAGUCUGUUUCUGAUGCCGAACUUUGUUACUAUCAUGUGGGUAAAGGAACCAGAGGAAAGACCGUAAUGUAUAAUUGUAAACAGAUAAUAAAAGGUCGCUAUGUAAGAAUUACUAUCAAUGGUCAACCGGGCACUAGAGAGUUUCUAGUAUUGUGUGAGGUUCGAGUAUUUGGGACACAUCUUGCCAGUAUCAGGUCGGCAUACAUUCAAUUAGAAAAUGUUGAAUUAUCAAUCACUCCGGAUAUGACGUACAGUGUACAAGGAUAUGGUCAAUGUGCUAUGAAGUGCUAUGUGUUACCAAUGUGUCAUAUCUUCAGUGUUAAAUUGGUGUCUGAUUAUUAUCAAUGUAAUAUUUUUACACAAGAAAAUACUCUGCUCGUAGGCAACUCUACAGGAAGUCCCUAUACUGUAAUUUUUUAUACGCCCACACAUUAA